CUUGUCCUGUAAGUGCGUGGCGCAGAGCGACGUCGACGAGGACUUAUUUUAUCUGGACAUCUUCAAACAUUUGCUAUUUUUGGGAGGGGGAAUGAUGCGGAAAUCCUGAAAUGAGAGUGUGAGAUGUUAUUACUUCCGAAAGUGUGGAUAAUAAACGCUGCCACGUUGAUGACUUCUGCUAAAGUGGGUCUGAGAAGAAGCUUCUGCUGCAUUCAUAAACACUUCUUUAGGACUCACAACAACCCCUGAGCUUUGUUUACCCACAAAAAGAAAAAAAAACCUUGCUGUGCGCUUGGGAUGACGACGGCUGAAAGGAAUAUGAUAAACAUGGAAGAUCCCGGUGGAGUUGUCAGGCUCCGAGAGGAACACGAAAAGUGUAAUAGGUAGCCUCUUCUACAUUAUCAGUUGAUGAGAAACCUUUUCUAACUGGAGAAUCGACUAGUGAAGAGGUGGUGAAGGACUGCGACCGUCGGAUUCAGCAUUGGGAGAAGCUCUCAGGUGAUUAUGAAGCCCUGAAAGACCGGCUCAAAACUCUUCCGGACCAAGUGUCGUACGACAUUAUGGUGCCGUUCGGCCCUCUGGCCUUCAUGCCCGGGAAGCUGGUGCACUCUAACGAAGUCACGGUGUUGCUGGGUGACAACUGGUUUGCUAAGUGCUCUGCCAAGCAGGCUGAGAAAAUCGUCGACCACAGGAUGAAGUAUGUGAAGAGUGAACUUGAUGGUUUGUGCAAGACGAGGAAAAACUUUGAAGCAAGAGUCGGAAUGGUGAAGGACUGGGAGAACAUCUCAUCUAAUAAAGGGGGCUACGUUGACAUCAGAGAGGAGAUUGGGGAACAUGAGACCACUCUCACUAAAGGGAAGCAUAGAGUGGCUCACAAGCCACAUUCAAAGCCGAAGGUGGACACUGUGCUGGAUCUGGAAGAGGACAGUAACGAAAGUGGAGAGGAGGCCCAUAAAAACGGGACAACAAACGCUUUCAUGACUCAGCAGGAGUUGUGGGCUCGAUUAGAUGAACUUGAGAAACUGGAGGAGCUGCACAAUGAGCGUGACAGGUUGUCUGACAAUGCAGACCUUGUCGGUGAGGACACAUCGUCAUCCUCUUCUUCGGAGGAGCAGAAUGAGGCAGACGCCGCUCCUCCGGUGAAUGGACUCCACGGUAGCGCGCCCCCUAGUGGAGACAUAAACGAAGACGACGAGGAAGACGACAGUUUGCCAACCAUUUAUUUUUCUCACACGGUCGAGCCCAAGAAGGUGAGGAUCAACACAAGUAAAAACACCAUGCUGAAGUUCAGUGAAAGGAAAGAACAGAAAGAACAUUCAAAACGGAAAAAGAAAAACGGUCACCAUAACGGACACUCUCAUCACGAAGUUCACAAAAUCCAGACCCCUGCGGACAUCUACAGGCUGUUUGUGGACGUGAGGAAUGGAGAGCCCAUCCCCAAGAAGUCCAUCCUGAAGUCACGAAGCCGGGAGAACAGCGUGUGCAGCGACACAAGCGAAAGCAGCGCAGCAGACAUAGAAGAGCGGCGCAUGCUGGGCCGCAGUUUCAGCCACGACGAGGCUACACCCAGCGACAACAGUGCCAGCGACGGCCUUACAGAGGAGGACAGUCCGACAGGAAUGCCACCGCAUCCCACUGGACGAUUUGAGGCCUUCUCAGGUACAGUGGUGGAAAAAGAUCCAAUGCCCUUGGCUGUUCCCCAUCUGACCAUCGCCCCGCCGGCCCUGCCCACCAUCCUAGAGUGGAAACAGGAGGAGGUAGCGCCCGACAUGUUGCCCCCUCAGCAGCCUGUUAAACGGGUGUCAAAGUUCAAAGCUGCCAGGAUGCAGCAGAAAUGAUACUGUGUGUUUUUUCCUCCGACAGUCUUUUUGUUGGACGAACCCCUAAACAUCCCCCCCCCCCCUUUUCUUUACGCUCUCUAGCAUCAUUCAGCCACCAUACAUACAUACACGGUUUAGAUCAGUAUAAAAAAAGCAAGGUAAUGAUUGAAAUGUUGGGUCUCUUUUCAACUGUUGAUGAUGUUGUAGGACUGUAAUCUUUCUGUAGCUCACCUUUCUCGUGCUCUUGACCUGCUUAAUGAAUGUACGUGUAGCUUUGUGACUAGCUUUGUGAUGAGACACAAAAAAAUAUUAACCGGGGGGGGGGGGAAGGAAAAUAAAUGAUUUUGCUUACAAGUCAUGCUGUCUGUUUUUCCUUGCAAGAAAUAAUCUUUCGGCGCACCUGACUGGAUCCUUGCUUGGUUCAUAUAGCUCUUCUUCAUUCAGCGUGUGAGUAUUUGUCAGGAACUAAAUUGAUGUUAUGCCGCAUGGUAAUAGCGUGUCAGUUUUGCUCCCAGUGUAAAUGGUUACGGUCUGAUAUUGUCAUUACUAAUAAUUGUUUCUCCUGUCUGCACUACCCCGGAAUAGAAUUGCAAGCAAACUUUACGCGGAACAAUAAUAUUUAACGACAGUAUUUCUCAAAAGAUAAAUUAAAAACAUUGUCGAGAAGAGGCGGCAACAGCAGCACAGUUGAAAUGAAUACACACAGCCUUCAAAACAAGACAGUGCGAUCAUAUGACCUGAAAAAUAAAGACUUGUUAUUUCUAAGAUUAAGUUUCACAAUUCCAAAUUGACCUAAUCCCCAUUGUUGUUUAAUCCUUCAAAGUUGACUUUGGUUCAUUGUUGUGUAACCAGCUAGUAUUUAGCAGAGGUGGAAGAAAGUCAGUGUUCUGCAGGUCUCAAGUCUUUAAUCUCGAGUCUCCAGUAAAGACGUCUGAGUCUCAAGUCAGGACAAGACUGGACGAGUCAGGCCCCAAGUCAUUAUUACAUUUUCCAGUCUUCACAAGUCAUAAGCCAUGGAAGCCCGUUUCCGCCACGGAAAGAAAAAUAAUAUUCCAAUGGUAAGUCCUAUUUAUGAGCUAAAAAGUUAUAAUUAUGAGAUAAAAUGUCAAAAUAAUGAGGUAAAACCUAAAAAUUAUGAGAUACAAACUGCGCAUGUGCUGCCUUAAUCGUAAUUUCAAUUGAUCUCAUAACUACUAUGACUGUCAGAAUUUCAACUUUUUAUCUCAUAAUUUCAUCUUUUUAUGUCAUAAUUAUGACUUUUAAAUGAUAAUUAUGACUUUUUAAUCUCAAUUUCGACUUUUUAGUUUCAUAAUUAUGACAUACCAUUUACCAUUGACAUACCAUACCAUUGCUUCUACAGAUGCACUAUGGAAAGUGUCCUUACCGCCUCCAUCACUGUUUGGUACGGUAACUGUACAACACGUGAUAGGAAGGCACUCCAGCGGGUGAUCAAGACCUCACAGAACAUUGUUGGGGCAGCCCUCCCCUCACUGCAAGACAUUUAUAAAUCUAGAGUCCUACGAAGAACACACAACCUCAUCAAGGACAGCACACAUCCACAACACUCAUUAUUCACACUCCUACCGUCAGGCAGACGCUACAGGAGUUUGAAGUCCAGGACCACAAGACUGGCGAACAGCUUUUACCCACAGGCCAUCAGGCUUCUCAACGAAGCACUCACACACGCCGCACGCAACACACGCACACACUCAUAGCACUUUUAUUCACUUAUUUAUUUAUUCAUUUAUUUGUAUUAUUCAUCUGUAUUAAUGUCUCUUCUGUUGUUGUUGUUGCUUAAUAUAUUGGUAUUUAUGUUUCUUAUGAUGGUAUUUGUUUCUUAUGUUGGUAUUUGUGUUUCUUAUGUUCUUAUUCUUUUUCUUGUGUUUUCUUUCUUUUCUUGGGAGAAUGAACAGAAUAAGAAUUUCAUUGCAUAGUAUAACUGCCUGUUUUACUAUGCAUAUGACAAUAAAACUCUUGAAUCUUGAAUCUUGAAUACCAUUUGUCACGCUCUGUGCGUUAGUUUGCGUGUCAGUUGGUUUAUU